CAGUGAAACGUCAGUACCUGGCCCUCGAGGAAAAAAAAAGGGAGCGAAAAAGGGAGAGAGGAGGGGGAGAGAGGAAAGGAAGGCGGAGGGAGGGGAAGACCUGGCGGAAGCCACAAACCCCAGCAGCCUCAGCACCAGCUGAGUUUCGGGAAGAAGCAUUCGGAUUCCGUGAACUUUCUUCUAAGCAUCCUCGCUCUGAUUCCCCUUUUGAGUCAAAAAAGGGGAGCUGGCCAGGCACCAGGAGCACAGGACAGGAAACCACAGAGGAUGCUGCCCCGGGAUCCAGGAGCCAUGGAGGAGGAGAGGCCGGGGGAGGGGAAGUGCCGGGGAGGCAAUCUGUUCUCCUGAAGCAGCAAGCGGGAUUCCAGGAUGAGGGAGGGAGACCCAUGUCUGCUGCAGAUUGAUGGCUGUGUCCUUGGAACAGAAGGGAAUUCUGCCCCCGCCUGCUGAACACAGAGCUGGGCUGGGAGAGAGGCACUGGCUCAGGAGAAGUCGCCAAAGCGGUCCUAGCUGACCCCCAUCCUGCACCUCCAGGACACAUGGCUCUUUCCAGCCUUGGCAGGCAACAGUUUGUGUCACUCAGGGUCCUCCCCAACCUGGGGAAAGAAGAGCCUUCUUGGGGAUUUCAGUAGAUGCUAAGGCUGAGGAUUCAGGCUUCCAGGAGGCCCAUGGAGACCCACUCCCCGCCAGGCUCCCUUCCCAAAACACCCACCCCAGGACCCCCUUGGACUCGAGCCCCCUGGGCCACCAGAAGGAAUGGCUUCUGAGACCUCCAGUGCUAGAGACCCAGAUGCAGCCCUGGCCUCCUAAUUGGUCCCAGACGUGGGACAGGGCUCGGGGUUCUUAGAUGUACCAGGACCUUCGACAGGCACCUUUCCUGUCCUUCUGCCCCCCACCCACCACCACCACCUCUCCAACAUAAUACAAAAAGGAAGCACCUAGCAGCCAUGGGUGAGAAGAGCACAGAUCUACAGGGACCCUUCCACGACCUGCUAGCAGCUGGUCCAGCCCCAUUCUCAGCUCCUUCCUCUCUCAAGUUUUGAUCCUUUUCUCAGACCCCGAGAGACCUCAGCUGGAUUUACUCUCCCCUGGGCUCCAAAGGGGGCUUCCUGGGGAUCUCACCUAGGGAUCCCUCUGGUGCUUAGAGGCUCUGGGGAAAGGCUUGAGACAUGAUACCACGUGCCCAGAAGCCCCACCUUCCAGGACUCUGGCCCUGAUGUAGCUGUCUUUCUGAGCCACUGACUCGUGAUUCAUGGACAUAGCCUCAGCCCCAGUGGGCUCCCUACAGCCCUGCUGUUGCCAGCUCCCUAAGAUGGGUGACACCUGGUCCCAGCUGCCCUGGCCUGGGCCCCCCCACCCAGCCAUGCUGCUGGUCUCCCUCCUCUUGGCAGCUGGGGUGAUGCGCUCGGACGCCGGCACCAGCUGCCCCGUCCUCUGUACGUGCCAUAACCAGGUGGUGGACUGCAGCGGCCAGCGGCUCUUCUCCGUGCCCCCAGACCUACCGAUGGACACCCGCAACCUCAGCCUGGCCCACAACCGCAUCGCAACCGUGCCGCCCGGCUACCUCACGUGCUACAUGGAGCUCCGGGUUCUGGAUCUGCGCAACAACUCCUUGACGGAGCUGCCACCGGGCCUCUUCCUCCACGCCAAGCGCUUGGCCCACCUGGAUCUUAGCUACAACAACCUCAGCCACGUGCCUGCCGAUAUGUUCCAGGAAGCCCAUGGCCUGGUGCACAUCGACCUGAGCCACAACCCGUGGCUGCGCAGGGUGCACCCCCAGGCCUUCCAGGGCCUGGUGCAGCUCCGAGAUCUGGACCUCAGCUACGGGGGCCUGGCCUUCCUCAGCCUCGAGGCCCUUGAGGGCCUGCCGGGGCUGGUGACCCUGCAGAUCGGCGGCAACCCCUGGGUGUGUGGCUGUACCAUGGAGCCGCUGCUGAAGUGGCUGCGGAACAGGAUCCAACGCUGCACGGCAGAUUCUCAGCUGGCUGAGUGCCGGGGCCCCCCUGAAGUUGAGGGCGCCCCUCUCUUCUCCCUCACUGAGGAGAGCUUCAAGGCCUGCCACCUGACCCUGACCCUGGAUGAUUACCUCUUCAUCGCAUUUGUGGGCUUUGUGGUCUCCAUUGCCUCUGUGGCCACCAACUUCCUCCUGGGUAUCACAGCCAACUGCUGCCACCGUUGGAGCAAGGCCAGUGAAGAGGAAGAGAUUUGAUGUGGGCACCUGACGUCCCUCCAUGCUGCUGGCCCCCAGACACCGCUCAGUCUGGCUCUUGGUGCCCUGGUCACCUCUGUCAUGACCCAAACAAGGUCAGGAAACUACAUUUGUGUGAUCUUCAACUCUGGGCCAGACACUGUGGCAGAAUUGGAAAUGUCCAAUGACUCUGUCCUAAGGUUUUACCUCUAAUGGAAGAGAGAGAUUCAAAAACUAUUCCCUUUAAGACAAUUUGUCAACACUCUCAGCUCAUAGUUAUGAAAGCUCAGAGGAAUGAUCAUCAACUGUGCUUGGAAAAGUCCAAGAGAAUUACAAGAAUGGACGCAAUUUGUGAACUGAGUCAUCAAAAAAUGUCUGCUUUGUCAGGUAGACAAUGAAGGGUGGACAUGAGCAAAUGACAGAGGCCAAAAUAUGCAUGGUGUGUUGAGAACAACGACCAAUCCUUGUGACUUAAGUGUAUAGAGCAGGUGUGGCACAGGACCAAAACUUCCCUCUGACACCCAAUCUUUCAGAUCCUGGAGUUGCCCACCACUGCCUCCAGAGGGAGAGAACACCUCUGUGCCCGUCCCCUAGGCCUCCUGCCAGGGGCUACCAGGUGAGAACACCUCCUACUGACUGCCUCCAUACUAUAUCCACCAAGUGCAGCCUGCCCGUGAGGUCCAGGUACCAAGCUGAAGUACCUACCCUUGUCUCCUGCUUCUCACUCAAGCUUUGGUUUCAGAAGAGGGAAGCAAGAGGUCCAGCAAUGAGGCAGCAAGAGUCUUAGCACCUUAGAACUCCUAAUCUUGUGACUGUUCUUGCCACAGUGCUCAUGCCAAAGGAUCUCACCAGAAAAGUGCACUGUAGCAUGAGGGUAGCCAAGACUGAAGGAGGAGGAGGCCACCACAGUUAUGACUAUAGGAGAUUUUCUCUUUCUCCCAAGGAAUUCACUCAUUUUAAGCAUCAGGGUAUGAGAGCUAUUAAUUACCAAACACUUGCCAGUGUCAGGCACUGUGAUAAGCUCUCUCCACAGACAAUUCCAUUUUAAUCCACACAUUCUUGUGAGGUAAGCAUUGCUGUUCCCAUUGUAUAGAUGAGGAAACAAAGGCUCAAAGAGAGUUUAAAUAUAGUUACAUGUUGCUUAACAAGCAAAAUAAAGUCUGUGCUCUUUCUACCCUAUCCAAGCUGGGGAACAUCACAGUUCCCUCUAAAGUUACAUUAAGUCUGAGUUCCAGUAGUGCUGAUGAGUAAGUGCUCCCAAUAAUGACCAGGCACUCUUUGGGGCACUUUUAAAUCUACUGACUCACCUAUUUCAAUUCUCAUAGCAACACUGCCUGGUGGUCUUUAUUAUUCCCAUUUUACAGAUGAAUUAAUUGUAGAGAGCUAGGUAUCUUACCCAAGGUUAUCUGGGUAAACUCUAGAAGGAAAGUGAUAGGCAACUCCUUUUAGGGAAACUGUGUCUAGUCAGUCCAUCAAAAAGCAAGCAACUUCAUGUGCAAAGCAGUAUUAUCAUCAUUGCUGCUGUCAUCUUCAUCCUCGUCAUCAGCCUUAUCAGCCUCAUCAGCUGCUUCCCUGUAUUUGUUCAGCACUGGACAGCUCCUAACAUGCUGUUAGCAUCAUUCUCGACUCUUCACAACCCUCUAUGGGAGGCAAACCAAACAUAAUUACUCCUAUUUUACAGGCUGGAAAAUACCGACUCAAGAGCAGGCAUGACUUGCCAAAGCAGUAAAGUUGGGACUCAACUUCAACUCGGUUCUCUCUCCAGCUUUGCCAGGUGCUUGGGGAAAAGAAAGCCCAUGAUGGCUGGGUAGUGGGGCUCUUGGAUUCAGCAGCCAUAAAUAUCCCGUAGGUCCUCUAAAUAAAAGGCAGUAAACCAGCUGCUACACAAAUCGAGAUGCCCUCACCAUAGAGCAAGUCGCAGCCUCUGAAACAUAGAAGCAGUGCAAAUAGCACCUGAAUAGGAGUCAUCUGCCUUGCAAAGUGUAAAUAACACAUUAGAACUAGGGGCCAUGGUGGCAGUCAUGCAAAAAAAAGAAGUUCUUUGGGAAACAAGAGAGGAAGCUGUGCUAACCCCUCCUACUCAAGCUCUGCUGUAUUGUGUUUCAAGAGAUACAAAGGGUGCAGGAGAGCUGUGGGAUGAGAACCUCAGCAGGAUAGGGGAAAACAUUAAGGCACCGUCCAACAUGUUGGUAAGGCUGGCCAGGAUAAAAAUUAAAACAGGGGCUUUCUACCUUGCCCCCCAGCUCCAACAAUUUUGCAUCAUCUCAUCCUCCUGGAAAAGGAAUAAAGGAAAAUAACAUGUCAACUUCCACGAAGUCUUCACUUACUCAUGCUUCCCUGAGCUAGUCAACCAAAAGAGCACCCAGAAACUGCUGGACCUGGGGUACUUGAACCUUGUAUCCCCUGCAUCUCACUAACAUUUGGGCAAGAGCCUGCUCCUGUGACAUCUGGAGCAGAACCAUACCUGCUCUCUUCUUCCACUAUAUCCAGGCUGCUCUUCACCAGUCAAGCUAACAACCUAAUGUAUUUGGAGAAGAACUUCUAGAAAUAAUAGUCUUGAUGCAAAUAGCCUCCCAGAGAGGGCCACCAUAUACAUCUAUUAUAAUCUCCUAGAGACUCUUAUUUGCUGAAAUAUAGUUAAUAUAUUUUAAGAUAUGUAUCUUUUUGCAUAGAACUAGAACCAAACAAGACACCAAAUGCCCCUUGAAUUCAAAUGUCCUUUCUAAUGAGACUAUUUAGUCCCCAUUCAUGGCAAACUUUUCUGAGUAGGAUACAUGACAUUUAAAGAACAGCUUCUUCUCCAGCUGCUAGAAGGUCCUCAGUUAACUUAAAGCACAAUGAUAAAACUCCUUGCCUGCCAAGGAAUCCCAUGUUGCCCACCACUACCACCACCAUCUUGUGCAGGCUAUCAGAAGCAAGCUUCUAGAAGCACACUUUUAUAGAAGAAAUAGAAUUGCGCUAGUUGUAAAAGUGCACACAACCCUGCUAACCAAGAAACCAUGGUGGUAUUCCUACAAACCUUGACUAUGUGUUUUCCAGACUAGUUAAAUGUAAGUGUUGGGGUAUCUCUGAGUCCAUGUGUCUGUUCAUGAGGUUCCAUGUACAUUGUGUAUCUACUGACAUGGCACCAACUCCUCUGGAACUUGAGUUCAGUUCUCUGACACAGUAUACUCAGCCAUCUGUUUACUGCAUCACUUGAUACACUAAGAUGGAAUCCCAUUAGGGUUGGGUUAGGGAUAGCUGCUCAGAAAAAUAUAAAAAGGGAGAAAUAUGUGGCUGAGGCAACCUAGCAACAGUCUGACUGCUUCCCUCCAUUCUCUGUCCCUCAGAGAAUUGUCCUACCACAUAAGCUUCCUUCAUGCUGGGCUUGAGGAUAUCAAAGUUUAGCUAACCAACAGGG